CGAUGAGAGAUUGUUUGGACUCGCACGGAAGAAAGGAAGCAACUGAGAGAGACUGCAACCGGAAACCAGCGGGCAGCGAUCGAAGAUGGAGGUGGAGGUCGACGAGAAGGAUCUGAAGGCUGCCGGAGCGGAAAUGUUGACGGAUGGACGGCAUGGAUUGCGUAUCCAUGGUUGGGAGAUCGAGUCUCGCAAGCGUUCCAUUCUCAACUCUCUAAACCUCCAACAGUGGGAGGAAAAACUUCAAACAUCACACUUGCCGGAGAUGGUUUUUGGGGAAAGUUCUUUAGUUCUUAAGCAUGUGAACAGUGGCAUUAAAAUUCAUUUUAAUGCUUUUGAUGCUCUAACUGGAUGGAAGCAGGAAGCGUUGCCACCAGUUGAAGUUCCUGCGGCAGCAAAAUGGAAAUUCAGAAGCAAACCCUUCCAGCAAGUGAUACUAGAUUAUGACUAUACAUUCACAACGCCUUACUGUGGAAGUCAAACACUUGAGAUAGAACAAGAGAAGCAUGGAAGAGGGGAAGAAUCACUGGGGAGCUGCACUCUUUGUUGGGAGGAAUGCAAUGAAAAAAUUGAUGUGGCUUCACUAGCAUCAAAAGAGCCUAUUCUUUUUUAUGAUGAGGUAAUCUUAUAUGAAGAUGAAUUGGCUGAUAAUGGAGUGUCACUUUUAACUGUGAAAGUGAGAGUCAUGCCAACUUGUUGGUUUCUUCUCUUGCGUUUCUGGCUUAGAGUCGAUGGAGUGCUUAUGAGAUUGAGGGACACUCGCAUGCAUUGCAUUUUUAAGGAUGAUGCAAACCCCAUCAUUCUUCAGGAAAGCUGCUGGAGAGAAGCUACAUUCCAAGCUUUAUCUGCAAAAGGAUAUCCUUCUGAUUCUGCUGCAUAUAAUGAUCCAAGCAUCAUCAGCCAGAGGCUUCCCAUCAUCAUGCAUAAGACCCAAAAGCUUAAGGUGGAGUAACUGGUAAGGAUGAAACUCAUCCUCAAGAUUACUUCAUCAUGGAGGAAACUGUACUUUCUUUUCAUGCAAAAGGGGCUCAAAUCAUACCUAUGUUAUAUUCAGAGAGAAUUCAGAAAUGCUUUUCAGUGGAUUCUAUUUUGCCUGUAUAUUCAUGUUACAUCAUCUCUUUUGUUUGAUUAGCAAGUUAUUUUCUUAAAUAAUCUAGUCAGGCAAAAGAAGAACCAGCAUGCAGUACAUGAACAGACACUUAAGAAAACAAUGUCCUGUUUUAAUGUUUA